CUGACGCCCCACCUUUCUGCGGCCGAAAUCAACCACGGGAUCAAAAGCGCUCGGUUGUUUCAGGGGACUUUCCGGGUGGAGGGACGCUGCUGGCACGAGGGUUACGUGUCCGUGCGGGGGAUUGGGCUGGGAAGAGGAGGGGCUGAGGGAGGGAAGGAGGGGGGGAAAGACGGAAGUGGACGCGCGUCGGUCCUGGUCCGCGGCAUCCCGCACGUGAAUCGAGCCUUGGACGGGGACGUGGUGGCGCUGGAAAUACUGCCCAAAGACGAGUGGUUGACAGGACAGGAAGAGACGACGCUGUUGGAAGACGAGGAGGCAGAGCAGGCGUCGAGGGAGGGGGAGAUCCGGAUCCAAACGCGCCAGCGGGAUGUCCUGCAGGACAAGCGCAUUCUUGUCGCCGUGGACGCCUGGCCGGCAGACUCGCGAUAUCCCGCCGGUCAUUACAUCAAAACGCUGGGGUCUGCCGGGGAUAAGGAGGUGGAGACGGAGCAAUCGCUGGACGCAUCCGUGGACAAGGACGACCCGAACAUCAACAAAAUCAUACGCAUUCUCGCCACCCGGGAAAGUUGAGCUCAAGGUGUUCGACAAAAUCCGGGUAGGUAUCCGUGUGGCGGAAGGGAAAGCUGCACACCGUGACGCGGUGGUUUAUACACUGCAGUCUCCUCGCAUCCCAGGCCUAGACGUGGAAAGAGAAGAAGGGGCAAGAAAAGUGGAGGGAGGAGGGAAAAAGAGGAAAAGUGCGGAUGCCAAGAAAAAAUAAAUGGAAAAGAAAAGGCAGGGAGGUAGGGGGGAACGAAUGUGGCUUGAGGAUGGGACGACGGAUGAGACACGAUAGAGAGAUCCAGUGUGUAUGACUUGAUAUGGGAAGGCAGGGGUUGAAAUUCCUACUAUACAAUUGGUGGUACGCUUUCUGCUUGAGUUGACUCCCAAGCCACUUUUGUUUUCCCCUAGCCUUGAUUUUCCAUCGUGCUAUCUUUCUUCAUGGCGUGGAUUUUAUACUAAAGUUAACAUGAUGUCGCUCGACGGGCGUGCAUUGCUCUAUUCCUUUCUUUCUUUCCUCCCUCUUUUCGUCGUUUUUACAUACUUUAGCUUUUUACUCAAAGGGAAACGUCAAGAUCGUUCGGGGCCGCGACAGUGCCUUGCAUGCUCCUCCUUCCCUAAUGCUUCAGCUUGAUUCACACAUGUUUUGGUAAGCUAGCACUCAACGUACAUGCUCAAUCUUACUCUUUUGCCAUAGCUUCAAAACCUUUUCCCCAAUUUGUUACCACUGCCUCGAGGAUGUGCAUCUUUCCAAUCAUCCCAGGUUCGAUCCUGAUAAGCAGCUUCUUCUACGAGCCUCGCGUCAUCUUCCUUCCCUUCCUCUUCCAACUGCGCGUAUCUCCGGGGUUCGCUUAGAUUCCCUGCCCUUCUUUCCUCCUUUGCCUUUCGUUCCUGCGCGGCUGCCAGCUCUUGCGCGGCGAAUUCUUCCAAAGACACGGUUGGAAGGGUAUAGCCAGGCUGAAAAACUCGGGCACGCAAAUCUUCUUGACGGAUGCGAAGCUGCCCACCCGGUCCCGUCUUGUCAAUGUGUGUGACUUGCACACCACCGCGAGCUGAACUCCCUUGAGUCCCCUUUUCUUCCUUGCGACGUUCCCCACCCUGGGUUCUCAUCAUGGCGAGGAUCUCUUGCUCUUGUUUCAGCAUCGUCCAUUCAUCUAGAACUUUCCAUACGCCCAUCUUGAUCCACAACUUGCUCCGUUCCCUCUCAAGUUCCUCCUCUUCACCACUCGGUUCCUCUCGAUUCUUGCCUUGCUCCCCAGCCCCAGCUUCCUUGGUGCUGUCUUUUACCUUGACCAGCAGAUGAUUCAAGACACGGAGACGCUCCCUCGCCGUCUUCAACUUCCGAAAGCGUUCGAUCUUCUGCGUCCGUUGGACGUUCAUAUUUCCACUAGAGACCCCGAUUCCCUUCGUGGGUAGUACUGCGCGUCGUCUCUGGUCGUCGUCGUGGCCGUCCGCGCUCCCUUCUUCUUCCUCCUCUGCCCGGGCACCGGCCCAAGCCUGUUGGUCCUCCCCUUUCAGCAACCCGAGUUGCUCGCACCGCUGCAUGUAUGUCUCGAAGGAGGUCAAGGCUUUACCAAUUCCUAUCUGUCUUUUUCCCAUGUCUCCUUUCUCACCUUCCAGGGGCACUUGACUGUGUAAGAUACCAAGGUAAAAAUCCACCAGGACAUACUUGAGAUCAGCCGUUGCCACGUCAUCCAGCUCCUCGUUGGAAGACAGAAGACCCAACGAGUGCACUCUUCGAGAAAUCUCGUUGAACAAGGUUAGACCCUGUCGUAUGUCGUCGUUUCCCGCACGCGCCGACGCGUCGAGUGGACUUGGUGACGGAUUGGACGGACCACCUUCGUGCGUUAACCUUUCGACAAGAGCUUGUCCUUCUUGAAACAGAGUGCAGAGGGGCCUUUCCAGAAGUGAGUCUUGUACAUGGACUGAUGCUGUCGAUGCGAUGUACUUCGGGUCUAGCGAAAGGGCAGCAAGCUUUGCAUCCAUCCUGAGAAGUUGCGAAACGGUCAGGACACCCUGCGAAAACAGGAAAGAUGCUUCGCUGGUG